AUGCCUAACUCUGAGAGGUUCUUAGCAGAAGCAGAGCCCCGCGGAACCUGGCGGCAGAACCAGGCUGAAGCAAAGAUGUGGUGGUUUCAGCAGGGCCUCUGUGCUCUUCCUGCUGCUCUGGUUGUGUGGACAUCCGCUGCGUUUGUCUUCGCAUACAUCACUUCAGUGGUGCUGAGACAUGUGGACCCCCUAGUGCCCUACAUCAGUGACACUGGGACGAUGGCUCCAGAGCGAUGUGUGUUUGGGAUCAUGCUCGACGUCUCGGCCUGUUUAGGCAUGUUCACAGUCUAUGUGCGAUACAAGCAGGUAGAGGCCCUCUCCACAGACCUGCUCCGGCUCAAUCGUGUGGGUCUCCUUUUCGGACUGGUGUCUUCCUUUGGGAUGGCCGUUGUGGCCAACUUCCAGAAGACCGCAGUGUUCCCAGUCCACCUGUUGGGAGCGGUGCUCUCGCUAGGGGUGGGCUCUCUCUAUGUCUUGGUCCAGACUCUGAUCUCCUUCUAUAUGCAGCCAACUGUCCACAGCAAGACCAUGUUCCAGACCAGAGUCCUGCUGACCACCUGGACCUACAGCUCCAUCAUCUGCAUGUUUGUGUCCUCGGUCGUCAUGUACAGCAGUCUCCCUGGAGUGGAUGUGGCUCACAAACUACACUGGAUUCCAGGAGAAAAGGGUUAUGUGGCUCACCUGGUCAGCUCUGUGUCUGAGUGGUCUCUGGCGUUCUCCUUCAUCAGCUUCUUCCUCACCUUCAUAAGAGACUUCCAGAAGAUUGAGCUCCGAGCUGAACCAGUGUUACACACGUCACAUUUGUACAACGGUCCUGUAGGGGGCGCUGUGGUUCUGUCAGAAGAAGAGGCUCCGCUGCUGAGGACGUGA